UCUGGCCUUCCCUGCUUAGGCUGCUGCCCCCGCGACCCGACCUCGGAUAAGCGGAAGAAGAUGGAUGGAUGGAUGGAUGGCUAUGAGGUUUUUUCUUCAUCCCUUGGCCUCAGUCUGGAGUCUGGACCCCCUCUCCAGGGGCCCACGCUUAGACUGAAUAUAUUUUUUCUCACCCCUCCCCAGCGUUUACCUGUUUCUCACCUUUUUUGUAAGGGGCGCCGGAAGUUGGCAGACCCGUCAGCGAUCCUGUUCUGUCUCCCGGUAACGUUUGUCUGAUCUUGAAUGGGAUUGUGCUGAAAAUCUUAAUUUCCCCUCGAGGAUUAUUAAAGUAUUUCUGAUUCUGAUUGAUAUUCUAUACCAGGGGUCACCAACGCGGUGCCCGCGGGCACCAGGUCGCCCGUAAGGACCAGAUGAGUAGCCCGUUGGCCUGUUCUAAAAAUAGCUCAAAUAGCAGCACUUACCAGUGAGCUGUCUCUAUUAUUUAAAUUGUAUUUAUUUACUAGCAAGCUGGUCUCGCUUUGCUCAACAUUUUUAAUUCUAAGAGAGACAAAACUCAAAAUAAAAUUUGAAAAUCCAAGAAAAUAUUCUAAAGACUUGGUCUUCACUAACCGACAAAGAAACAGAUAACAGAUUUGGUGUCCAGUUCAAAGUGUGACAUGAUUUAUUUAAAAAUUUGAGAGUUGACUUUUGUAUUUUACAUGAGUUAUUUUUUGUACAAACAUGGUGCAGUCAUUCAUGAUUUGUUAAAAAAUGUUAGUGGCUAGCUAGUUAAAAUGAAAUAUUGUGAUUUCACAAGACUGUCUUAGAAGUGAUCAUUUGAAAAUGUUCAAUUGGAAAAAUGUGCACUUAGAGAACAUAUAAAAAUAAAGUGUUGCAUAUUGAUAUUUAUCUGUUUCUAUAUAUAUUUAUUGUGAGAAAUCAUUAAGAUGAUCAGUGUUUCCACAAAGAUAAAUAUCAUUAAUUAUUAAUAAUAACAGAGUUAAAGGUAAAUUGAGCAAAUUGGCUAUUUCUAUUUAUUUAAGUGUGUAUCAAACUGGUAGUCCUUCGCAUUAAUCAGUACCCAAGAAGUGGUUCUUGGUUUCAAAAAGGUUGGUGACCCCUGUUUUAUACCAUCCAUGAAGUGCAAAAUAUAAAUGAACAAAGAGUUUUUAUAUUUGGAAAAAUGAAUGGUAUGUUCCCAUGUUAAAGUUAAGUAGGUACAAAAACAAACCAAUGUAUAAUAAAGGAUAAGAUAAAACUUGGUUGAAGUGAAUGUUCCAAUAUCAUCAACACUAUACACAGCACAAAAGACAGUGGCAAUAACAGCACACAGGAACAAAUGAGAAUUAUUCCGGUUAUAAAUCGAUUAAAAAUUUUCAAGAAUCGAUAACAUUUUCCGGGAGGAGCUCAAAGUAAAGCCCUGCUCCUCCACAUCGAGAGGAGCCAGAUGAGGUGAGUCGGGCAUCUGGUCAGGAUGCCACCUGAACGCCUCCCUAGAGAGGUGUUAAGGGCACGUCCGACCAGUACGGAGGCCACGGCCGGGGAAGACCCAGGACACGUUGGGAAGACUGUCUCCCGGCUGGCCUGGGAAUGCCUCGGUAUCCCCCGGGAAGAGCUGGACGAAGUGGCUGGGGAGAGGGAAGUCUGGGCUUCCCUGCUUAGGCUGCUGCCCCCGCGACCCGACCUCGGAUAAGCGGAAGAAGAUGGAUGGAUGGAUAACAUUUUUAAAAAGCUGUGUGUUUACUCGCUGUGCAUGCAUGUCAUACGUCAGCAGCCAACAGGAACUUUUGUAACGUGUUUUGAAAAGGAUUUAGUUUAAUUUAUACACCAGAUGUUAUAUUGUGAGGAUAAAUUAGAAUUGAGACUUGGUUCUGAAUAGAUUCGUGAACUAAGCUUCCCACCCAGAGUAAAAAAAUAAAUAAUAAAAUAAUAAUUAAUCAAUAAAUCUAUGAUUCAUACAUUUCUAAUACAUACUAUUGCAUGGGGUACAUAAUAUAGUACGUUUAGACUAAAAUGACCGAAAUAAGGAUAUCCUUAAUGGGGUAACCAUUUUGCUGUAGUGUGACGUUCAAGAUCUCCUUUUAAAAACGGUAAUAGCCAAACACAAUGGGAUUACGUGACUUAAAUACGCACACUGACCGUGUAUAAUAAUACAAAUACAUUGAUAAACAUGUACAAUAAUUGUAUGCACUCGUUGAACGCAGUACUAUUGAUGCUCAUUGCUCGCAUACGUCGGCUGUGACCUCAUGAUCGUUUUUUUCCAAACCGCGCAAGUCCGGUUGUAUUCUGGGUAAAAAAAAAAAAGAAAAAAGAAUGAAUACAUCGACUAAGAAGAAGAAAAAGAAGGGAUGGAAAAUACAAGACAAAUAAAUGAGCCGAGGCGAGUUUGCUCUGCGAAUGCGUUAGAAACAGCGAGGAUGAAGGUGAUGGUGCGUUUUAUGUUGUCUUAAUGGAGCCUAAGUGGAUAUUUUUCGCCUCGAAGCUGCGGUGCGUUCACGUACCGCGAGGAUGCUUUAAAAUAGAAACAUGGGCUGAAAUAAAUGACAGGAUCAACUAAAGAAGGAGGCACCAAUGAGGGAGGCUGUCAUCAUGUUGGCGUUUCUUUCCAGAGGAAUAUUAUGUGACUCUUUGACAUUUCAUUGUUAUUAUUAUUAUUAAUAAUGAUAUGAUGAUGAACAGCACGGUGACGCCAUCAGACCUGACGGAUGUGCCCAAGCAGGUGAACUUGAACGGCACCCAGGCGUCACACGGCCCCCCGACAUGGGCGCUCAUCCACACGACCACGUUGACCUUCUGCUCCCUCCUCCUCGUCUUCAUCUUCUUCCUGGGUUCCUACGGCAACCUGGUGGUGUUCCUCUCCUUUUUCGACCCGGCCUUCCGCAAGUUCCGCACCAACUUUGACUUCAUGAUCCUCAAUCUGUCUUUCUGCGAUUUGUUUAUUUGCUGCGUGACUGCGCCCAUGUUCGCGCUGGUGCUCUACCUGGACGCGGGCGGCGGGGGCGGCGUGUCCAAGAGCUUCUGUUUCGCCUUCCACCUGACCAGCUCCGGGUUCAUCAUCAUGUCGCUGGAGACGGUGGCGGUCAUCGCCCUGCACCGCCUGCGGAUGGUGCUGGGCCAGCAGCCCAACCGCACCGCCUCCUUCCCGUGCACGCUGGCGCUCACCGCCCUCUUGUGGACGUCCAGCUUCACCAUGGCCGCCCUCCUCACCAUGCGGGCGUACCCGCGCAGGGACGGCCCCUGCCUGCCCCACUUCGGUCUCGGAGGGGGCCGGGCCCGGCUGGUUCUGUACGCCUACCUCGCUGACUUUGCCUUUUGUGUCGCCGUGGUGACCGUGUCUUAUCUGAUGAUCGCGCAGACCCUGAGGAAGAACGUCCAAGUGAGGAAGUGUCCCGUCAUCACGGUGGCUGCCAGGUGCACGCCGCCUUUGGUCGCCACCGGCUUCGAGGGGGUGCAGCGCGGCUCUCAAGGCCCCCCUUUGUACCGGAAGCUCCAGAACGUAAAGACGCACUCUUACCCCAACCAACCCGUGGUUCCGGGGGCGGCGCAGGGAGCCACGUGUUGUCAGCUGGUGUCUACGGUCAACUUGGCCACCGCCAAAGACUCCAAAGCCGUGGUCACCUGUGUCGUCAUCGUGUUCUCCGUCCUGCUGUGCUGCCUGCCGAUGGGGGUGUGCUUGGCGCGGGACGUCCUGUCGCCCGAGAGCAGCUUCGCGCACCACCAGUUCGAACUGUGCAGCUUCGUGCUCAUCUUCCUCAAAUCGGGCAUCAACCCUUUCGUGUACUCGCGCAACAGCGCCGGCCUGCGGCGCCGCGUCCUGUGCUGCGUGCACUGGGCGGCGCUGGGCCUGCUGUGCUGCAAGCAAAAGACCCGCCUGCACGCCAUGGGCAAGGGCAGCCUGGAGGUCAACCGGAAUAAAUCCUCGCACCACGAGACCAACUCGGCCUACGUGCUCUCGCCGAAGGCCCAGAAGAGACUGGUGGACCAGGCUUGCGGGCCGAGUCAGUCCAGGGAUUGCGCCGCCAGCCCUAGAGGUGGGCGCAGGCCCCGCCCCGCCAGCACGUCCACGCCCAUCAACACCCGCAUCGAGCCGUACUACAGCAUAUACAACAGCAGUCCGUCGGCGGGGCCCAGCUCGCCCACCAGCCUCCAGCCUGCCAGCUCACAGACGUUCGCCUUUGCCAAGUCCUACGUCGCCAUGCACUACCACACCCGUAACGACACGCUGCAGGACUUUGACAGCACCUCAGUGCAGCAGAUCCCCGCCCCCUCAGUCUGAACUUUCACUUGGGAUCUGUUGUGUUCUGCAGCAAGAAGGUUGCGGGUUCGAACCUCGAUAUUGCUGAGUGGAGUGUUCUUGUGCUUGGGUUUGUUCUCUCUGGGAAUGCCAAGUGGUUCCCAUAAUGGAUUUGAUUGAAUUUUAUUUAAUACCAUUUUAAUAUGUAUCUAUACCAUUUUUUGUGUUUAAAAACAUUUUUUAUAUUAACAUUUUUGUUUAUAAUAAUAAUACAUUUAAUUUAUAAACGCCUUUCAAAAAAACCCAAGGACACUUUACAGUAUAGAACAGGGGUGUCAAACAUACAGGUUUUAUUCGGCCCACGGAUGAAGUAUAAAAAUGAACCUGCAAUUUUUGAAUGAAAGAAACAGCUGUUCUAAAAGUGUCCACUAGAUGUCGCAAUAGCGAUUCUUUGUAUCUUUGUGGAUGAUGCUGAGUAUGUACAAAAUAAGUACAUCAGUCGAGGAAAAUGAUCAAACUACAUACCGUAUUUUUCGGACUAUAUGUCGCAGUUUUUUUCAUAGUUUGGCCGGGCUGCAGUGCGACUUAUAUAUGUUUUUUUCCUUUUUUAUUAUGCAUUUUGGGCAGGUGCGACUUAUACUCCGGUGCGACUUAUACUCCGAAAAAUACGGUAAAUAAAAUACUGUAAUUUGAUUUUGAGAUAUUUUUUUAAUCUUGAUAGAUUGAAAAUUAACACCAAUGAGUUGACUGAUGAACAUUAUCACAUAAUUUAUUCAGAAAAUAUAAAUGAUUAACUGCAACAUGUAAGUGUAAAAAAAACUAGGGCUGCGACAACUAAUCGAUUAAAUCGAUUAUAAAAAUAGUUGACGAUUAAUUUAGUCAUCGAUUCGUUGGAUCUAUGCUAUGCGCAUAGAUGUAUUUUUAUUUUUUUUUAUAAACCUUUAUUUAUAAACUGCAACAUGUACAAACAGCUGAGAAACAAUAAUCAAAAUAAGUAUAGUGCCAGUAUGCUGUUUUCCCCCCAAUAAAAUACUGUCUCUUUUAUCCGAUUAUUAAUCGAAUAAUCAAAGUAAUAAUCGCCAGAUUAGUCGAUUAUCAAAUUAAUCGUUAGUUGCAGCCCUAAAAAAUAACCCAACAACAUUAUGAUUUGUACAUUUUCAGAAUGUGUUUGUUCUAUUUUUAAACAAAGAAAACAAUCUGAAGUUGUCUUUAUUUUAUCAGUCCGGCCCACUUGGGAGUAGAUUUUUCUCCAUGUGGCCCCCGAUCUAAAAUGAGUUUGACACCCCUGGUAUAUAAACAAUAUAAAACAACAAAGGGUACUGUACUUUAUAUCCUUACAUGUGAACCUUCAGUUUUCCAUUUUACAUAUGGAUAGCAAUUUUGAGGCCUUGAUACACGCACACACACACCCCUAUUACUUCAGACUGUGCAGUACACAACCACCAUGUGUCCGACCAGGCAUUUAAAAAAAAAUAAAAAAUUAUCAACUGUGUACAAUGUACCAUAAGAGUUGUUCAACAAAACAAUUCAAAACUAAACUAUAUUUUCAUUAUCGUGGGCCUGUCACAUUAUUUUUAAUGUGACUCACCACAUAUUUAUGUGGCCACACCACCGCAUUUAAGGUGGUGUGGCCCGCAACAUAAUUUUAGUGGCCUUAUACAAUAUAUCAACUGGUGAGAAACAAUUAUAAACUACAAAAAUAUUAUAAACUUAGUAAUUGACAACUUUCAUAUGUUUUUCGCAUCCAUCCAUUCACUUUAUUUUGGACUUAUGAACUUAUGAACAUGUCAUGACACCAGUGAGGUAAUGGAACCCUGAAAUUGGCUGUAAUGUGUAAAUGCUUGUUUGGUGUGUCAGACCGGAUAGACUGACCCUUAUAAAUCACCCGGGAUAGGCUCCAGCUGAUCAUGAACAGGAUACGCAGUGUAGAAGAUGGAUCCAUGGUGGACAGUGACGUAAAGAUCAAAAUAUUUUUGCUGUGUUUUUUGGGGUAUUCCUGAUGUUCCUAUGAAUCUAACUGCUGUGUUGCACAUCUGUGGGCUGCUACAACCUGACAUCGGAGGCCUUCAGUGCACACACAAGGCUGUAGUUGAAUUUUCUGCUUUUUAACGCAUUUAUUUGUGAACCCCAAGCACACUUUUUAACACAAUAAAUGUUUGGCAAGU